UCUUCCUUAUCAACAGAAUAAUAAAAAUAUUUAAACCAAUAGAAUUUCCCCACGCGUUGUUGCUGACAGUUCCAUUUAAAAUGGCCACGCGGUGUGCAAUGCAACGAAUAGCUUUUUCAAUUUUCAUAAUAUUUAUAUCACUAACAAAUAUAUCAAAAGUAACUGGUACUCCCUACGUCACGUAUAGCUCUGUUUUAAAAUUAUUAAAUGUUGAUUAUAAAGUAAGAUUGCAUUCUCACGAUGUUAAAUACGGCAGUGGAAGUGGACAGCAGUCUGUCACAGCGACAGAACUCGAAACCGAUGCUAACUCAUAUUGGUUUGUCAAGGGUCCAACUAAAAUGCCAUUUACUAGAGGGAAACCUAUCAAGUGUGGAGAUACCGUAAGAUUCGAGCAUGUAAACACUAAAAAAAAUCUUCAUUCCCAUUUGAUGCGCUCGCCACUGAGUGGUAAACAAGAAGUAUCAGCUUAUGGUGAUCAGAAAGGCGAAGGUGAUUCUGGUGAUCAUUGGAUGGUUGUUUGUAAUUCUGAUUACUGGGAACGACGUGAACCAGUGACACUUCAACAUAUUGAUACUCAAGUAUUUCUAUCAGUGAGCGGUAGAUCAUAUGGUUCUCCAAUAGCUGGACAAAUGGAAGUUGUUGGUGAACAUUCUGUCCACAGUGGCUACACUCAAUGGCAAGCGAUGGAAGGCUUGUUCAUCAACCCGACAAACCUGCUUGGUAGCAGGCACGAUGAACUUUAA